CUAUGGUCGAAAAAAAUUAUCAAUUCUUUGUCGAUUCAAAAAUUAAAGUUCCUUCAUUCAUCGGUUCAUUAACUAUUCCUGAUGAACCAAAAUAUCAGAAAUAUAUUGAUUCUAUCAAAGUCUCAGAUCUUAACCGAGAGAUGAAAACAACGAGAAGAAUUAAAACAAUCAUUAAAGAAUGGUUAAUUAUUUCAAUAUUCUAUACAAAACCCUUCGUGGGUAAUCCAUGGUUUUCAACAAGUCCUCGUGACUUAUGGUUCAUCAAAUAUAUAAAUAAGAUUUUCAAAAACUUGGCUACCUUCCUGUCAGAAACAAUUUUAAACGCAAUAAGUCUCUUGGGUUCACAUUUGGAAUAUAAUAAGCGAAUUACUUCUUUUAAUCAUUUUUCGAUAGAUUAUGCAAUUUUUUCUUAUUUCAUGGAAUACGUUUGGUUUUGUGGAAAGCCUUUGAGGUGA